ACUCAUUAUUAUAAUCACAAACAUCACCGCGGUCUCAGUGAUCACAAAUCCGUCUGAUCUGCAGCCAGUGUUUCCGUUUAAAUUCAGAAUGACACCGCCUGCUAAUGCUAAGCUAGGCUAAUCAACUGUGCUAAGCUAACGAUACAGUUACAACCGGACGGUGCAGCGGAUUCUGGAUUCAUUUCUUUUCGACCGGAUCGAAUCGUGGCAGUUUGGAUUAAACAGGCAUUUAAAGGAAAAACAGGACCAAGAAGCCGGAGCUGUGGAGGGGGGAAGCGGAUAACAUUCCGACCGGGUGGACGUCGCGCAUCCUGCCGGACUGCCGAGAGGAGCGAUGGCAGAGGUCAGCGCCCUCACCCCUUCUCCUCCGGCGAUGGCAGAUCAGUCAGUACCCGCCCCUCCUCCUCCCCUCGUCCACUCCCUCCCUGCGGAGUCCUCUAAAACCGUCAACGCCCCCAAAUCCUCUUUAUACGGGGACAGGUCCGUGAUGGCUGCCGCUGCGUUGCUGCCGGCUGCUAAGGAGACCUCCGCACCUUGGGGGGCGACUUCUGCACCUGUGGGGACGACCUCUGCGCUUUCCCAACAUUCCCCGGUCCUGCCUGCGGAGUCUGGAAUGGCUUGUUCUCCUGAAAGAGGAACCGAAAGUUUUCCCGCUUCGUCUGAUCGGAACGACGGCUCACCCGAACCCCGGGGAGCGACCGAGGAGCCUUUAGCGCCCCCUCGUACGGCACAGAAUUCUACAGUGCAGCUCAGCCCGACCUCCAGCUCCUCACACGCCCCCCCUUACUCUCCUCCAGCCGUGGUCCCCCUGUCCCCCGAGCACUCGUCCGACCACAAGCCCGAUCCCCCGGCGGUCGUGGUUCAGGGGUCGUCGGCUCCGGCUCCGGCCCCGUGUCAUUCCGGCCCCGCCCUGGACACGCUCAGCUACCUGGAGUCGGCGAGCAUGAUGUCGGGAACGCUGGAGUCUCUGUCGGGCAUCGGCGAGGACGGCAGCUCCAUCGGGUCCGACUCUGAGCUCAACGGGCCGGCCAUGAGACGUACAGAUAAAUACGGCUUCCUCGGAGGAGCGCAGUACAGCGAGGGCGGUGAGCUGGAGCUCAGUGUGGAGGUGGCACGGCACCGAGAGAUGAAAUGGCUGGAGAUGUUCAGAAACUGGGACAAGUGGAUCCUUCGCCGCUUCCCGAAGGUGAAGCUGCGCUGUCGGAAGGGAAUCCCCUCGUCCCUGAGAGCUCGAGCCUGGCAGCUUCUCUCCAACAGCGAGGAGCUUUUGCUCGCAAACCCCAACAAGUUUGAGGAGCUCGAUCGACAGCCGGGAGAGCCGAAGUGGCUGGACAUCAUCGAGAAGGACUUACACAGGCAGUUUCCCUUCCACGAGAUGUUUGCAGCACGAGGAGGCCACGGUCAGCAGGAUCUGUAUCGUAUACUGAAGGCCUACACUAUUUAUCAGCCGGAUGAAGGGUACUGUCAGGCUCAGGCUCCUGUAGCAGCAGUGCUGUUGAUGCACAUGCCCGCGGAGCAAGCGUUCUGGUGUCUAGUGCAGAUCUGUGAGAGAUACCUGCCGGGCUACUACAGCGCAGGACUGGAAGCGAUCCAGCUGGACGGCGAGAUCUUUUUCUCCUUGCUGAGGAGGGCGUGUCCGAUGGCCUACCGCCACCUGAAGAAGUUUAAGAUCGACCCCAUCCUCUACAUGACCGAGUGGUUCAUGUGCAUCUUCUCUCGCACCCUGCCCUGGUCCUGCGUCCUCCGUGUCUGGGACAUGUUCUUCUGUGAAGGGGUGAAGAUCGUGUUCCGGGUGGGGAUGGUCCUGCUGAAGCAGAUGUUGGGUUCGGUGGAUAAACUGCGAGAGCUGCAGGGGAUGUACGAGACCAUGGAGCGCCUGAGGAACAUCCCGCCAGAGAACGUCCGGGAGGACCUGCUGGUCCAUGAGGUAAUUAGUCUGGCCGUCACCGAGGCUCAGAUCGAGCGGGAAUGCCGCGUUCAGGUACGGAAAUGGCGGGAAUCUCGCGGCGCCCUGACCCACCAGCCGGGCCGCAGGCUCCACGGCACGCGCGCCAUCUUCGAGCAAAAACGCCGGGCCGUCGCUAUCAGCUCCGGCGGGAGCCUGUCCUUCCUGGGCAGCUCGCUUUCCCCUCCACCCCCUGGCCCCCUGCGCUCCUCCUCCAGCCUCCUGUCUCUCCCUGGCUUCCGAAAAUCCAAAAUGCCCUUCUCUUACGCCAAAAAGGGCUCCUUCUCAGGGGCCUCGGGGACAGAGCAGCAGGUGUUCGGGGGCGGCACUUCUGUCAUGAUAACAUCGUCAGCCAGGCCAGUGCGGGUCCCUGUUUCCGUCGCGGUCCCUACUACUGGAGGCGCAGCAGGGCGAGGGCCUAGUCCUUUGGCAGCAGAACCAUCAACAGGAGCGGCAUCUGAACCGGAGCAGAAAUCCACGUCGGGAUCCGGAUCAGUGGAAAAAUCCCAACCAGGAUCUGAACCCGGGACAAAAUCCGAACUGGAAUCUGGAACCGGGACAAAAUCCGAACUGGAAUCUGGAACCGGGGCAAAAUCCGAACUGGAAUCUGGAACCGGGGCAAAAUCCGAACUGGAAUCUGGAACGGCAGCUCCGUCUGUAAAGCCACCGAAACGGGAACCCUCCCCGGCGACGAAGUCCGGCCCGGAAUCCGCCCGCCCUCCUCUUCCCAACCAGCUCCAUCCGCCUAAAGUCACCUCGGAACAGAUCACCCCCACCAUCCCGUCCCCCACCGCGAACAACGUCCCGCUGCCGCCGUUAUUGGACGACGCGAAGAAAAAGAAGAAGAGCAAGGAGGUCAAGAGGAAAGAGAAGGAGGAGGAGAAGCAGAAGGCCAGAGAGAAGAAGGAGCGCGAGAAAACCGAGAAAGAGAAAACCAGGAGGGAGAAGGAGAGGGCCGAGAGGGAGAAGAGGAAGGAGAAAACCGGCAAGAAGAAGGACAAACCCGCCGGCGCCGAGGCGGAGGACAAGAACGGAGCCGCCGCGGCGAAGAGCGUCGCCUAGAUCCGGAAAGAUCUAUGAGACUAGAGCACAAUGAAAGACGGGAUUCCCGUUAGUGGACGUUUUUGUCUUUAAUUCAUCCUCGCAGACUAAUUCGUCCCCAUUUACAGUCCCGUGCGCCAGUAUCGUCCACUAGGAUCGUCCACUAGGAACACUUGCUAGGAGAAGCGGGCGCACUCUGCCUGUACAGUUACGUCCCGGUUCGAGACUGAUGACGUAUCAGAGCUUGUAUUUAUUCUCGCCUGUUAGCCUGUGUGUUUACUCGUCUGUACUCUGGUUGUGUGGCGUGUUGUGUAGUCGUGUCAUGUCGCUUAUCCGCUGCUCUGUGUUUUUAACCCGCUCGCUUGUAGUCCUCGUCCUCCUGGUGACGACGUGAUGGCACUUACUGACAGUGUGAGGAAUCUUUCCUCUCCAACAGCUUCCCAACACGGCUGAUACUCCCCGUCUCCCGCCGUGUCGAUGCUUCUCCUCCAUGACCCCGUACUCUCGUUCUUUUUUUGUUCUUUUGUGUUCUCUCAUCCUCUCUCUCUCUCUCUCUCGAGCUCAUCACCAUGAUUUCAUUAUAUUUUUAUGAUUAUUUUUUAUGUUAUUUAUAACACGCUUCCGUCAGAGCCGUCACAGUAACUAACACAGUAAACCAAUCCAUCCGGUACUAAACGUUCGGCUUUCGUUUUAAUAACCCGGAUAUUAUUAUUAUAAUCGUCGUAUUAAAUCGAGGACUAAACUGGAAUCUGAAUGUGGAGGAAAUGGAAAGGAAACGUCUUGGUCCUCCCCGGCGCAGGACGGACGACUGAAUUACUUGACGUGGGUUCGACGGGCGUGGACUUUUCGAGCUGAUAUUUAUUAGUUUGCCGAUGAAGGAAUGAAUCUGUUUGCACUGAAUUUGCUCGACGCUUUCGGGGUUCGGACGGCCGUUCGUCCUGAAGCAGCACUGACCACGCAGAGUUUUGUUCUGACCUCCGUGUCGAGCGGCAUUAGCGCCCGAGCCUGUCCAACCGCCGGGCUCGUAUGUAUUAAUGUACAGUUCUUUUUUUUAAUUUUAUUUAACCAGAUAAACGAUAUAUUACGUGUUAUUCUUGUUCUGAUUUCCGGAUUCGUUAUUCAGUUUUCUAUGCAAGAAUCCGGAGGCCUGGAUGACUGGAAUGGAGAGCGCCGCUCGUAGUAUUUAAACAUCAUCUUGUGUUUUUAUUUUCUGCUCAGUGUUUGUUUGCACCUUUUUAUUUUCACUCCACGUUUGCCGGGCAGUCAUUAUCUUUUAGUUUUGGUCCUUGUUGGAGAUCAGAAUCCUGACAGUAUUCCUGCAUGCCUGAGCUGCUUUACACUUGUAAUAAAUAGAACCCAAUUUGGAUGGAAUUUUCCUUUUCACGUUUUCCUUUUACCCAAACGGACUCGAUCAGCCAGGACACGUUUGGUUGUUUAGUCGUUUGUGCUACGUAGGGUGUAGCUGUAAAUUGCACUACCACGCUACCGCCGGUGCUCUCGGCCUGUCAGGCGUCUACUAAAUCUGGAUGUAGGACUCGGUUCUGUAAGGUAUACCAGAGGAACUCUAACAAUAAGUUCUCUAACAAUAUUAAAUGCACUCCACACCAUUGCAGAUCCACAGCAGGCUGCACUUUGUAUCCGGGCCGCUCCCGGGACAGUCGGACGGCGGUGUGUAGGCUGUACCGGUCACACCUCAGACUGGAACACUCCUUGUUUGGGUUGGCAGUGUAGGAUUGACUCUACAGCAGAGCUCAUGAUGAUUAUGAUGAAGUUCUUGCUCUGUACUGAGGUGCGUUAUCCUCAUAUCACCUCUAGGUGGUGCCAUUCAGUAACACCUACACUGCAAAUUAAGGGUCAGUACCUGCCCCGCCGAGCUCUGGUCACUCACUCACUGUCUGUGGGGUUUAAUUGUGACUAUAGAUACUACACAGGGAGAAAUAUACACUCCUGUGCAAAAAUAAAAAUAAAUGGAUGAUAAAUUAGGCUUUUGAUGGUCAAAUCAUUGAAUAACAGAUACAUUGGCUUAAUUUGGGAGCUUUAGGGCACUUUGCUCUCUUUAAAUGUUCACAUUUUGUGUGUGAACGCUCGGUGGGUAGCACUGUCGCCUCACAGCAAGAAGGUCCUGGGUUCGAUCCUCAGGUGAAGCGGUCCGGGUCCUUUCUGUGUGGAGUUUGCAUGUUCUUACCGUGUCUGCGUGGGUUUCCUCCGGAUGCUCCGGUUUCCUCCCACAGUCCAAGACGUGCAAGUGAGGUGUGAACUGGAGAUACUAAACUGUCCAUGACUGUGUUAUAACCUUGUGAACUGAUGAAUCUUGUGUAAUGAGUAACUACCGUUCCUGUCAUGAAUGUAACCACAGUGUAAAACACGACGUUAAAAUCCUAAUAAACAAACAAAUGUUGUUGUUUUUUUUAACCUCUCAGCAUCGACGGCUUCAAACAUUUCAGCGCUGCCGGGCUGGUUUGUGUUCCUCUACAAGCGCUUAAGUCUUAAAUCUGGACUCUGACCGUCAGUAAUAGACGUUAUAUGUUGGCUUUGGUACAUUAUUUGCACAGGAGUGUGAGUUUUACCCUCGAUUUGUCCUGAUUGUGUAUUUAAACCUGUAGAUUUGCAGCAGUGUUCAAAUACUGACGUAUGUGUAAUAAUAAUAAUUCAAUACAGACGAACUUUUCGGAGUUUAAAAUAAGUACGUCAUCACUAACCCUGCACACAGAAUUAAACAUCUUCUCUUUUGUUUAUGUUUUGUUGUUAUUAACUGUGAUUUAUUUUGGAUUUGCAGGUUUUGCAGAUAUUGUUAAACUAAAUUCUAAGCGCUCGUUUCCGGGUUUUAUAAAACCUUCGUGGUGUCGCAACUUCUAUGCAACGACGUGUCAGAUUUACCCCAAAUUAGGAGCUUUCGAGGAGCCCUCGCCCCCUGAACGGGGUUAAAACAUCUAAGCAAUACGUUGUAUAGUCGGUAUCGGGCACUUAGUGUCGUGUCAUUUCAUCUAUACAAUACCGGACAGUACAGACGGACUCGCUCUUCUGUUCCUGAUAUCAUGGACGUGUCUCAGUGUUCUUCAUUUUAACCCCUGUAGUUUUAAAACAAUUUUUUUUUUUGUGUGUGUUUGUGUUUUUUUUUUUUUAAAUCUGGUCGUGUCUCUCUUGUACAGCGUUUACAGACAAACGUGAGAAUAAAAGCGUGAUGUUCAUUCCUUACUGCAGAAGAGAAGAGAAAACCACCUCGUAUUAAAUUAAUCCUUCAGAUAAUAACAGUUGUGAUGAUGAAUAAACCCUAAUAUAUUCAA